UUCAGCUUCUCAGCUAGCAUUCUCUGCUCUUCAGCCAUGGAGGCUUUACUCCCAUCACUUUCUUCAUCACUACCACUCACACUUCCACCUUCAAAAAACACCCUCUUCAGAACCAAAUCCAUAACAUCUACUGUCAAUCUUAUUUCUCAUAAAAGAUGCACCAUUUUCAAUGCAAACCGAAGAUCAGUGGCCAGGAUUGCGGCGAUUAACGAUGUUUCCGCCGCAACAAGUCCGGCCGGGGUCGAGGUCACUUGGCAAAUAGUUGUCGGCGUUAUAGCUGGGGUUACACCUUUUGUGGUGGCAGGGAUAGAGUUCAGCAAAAGAAUUAUGGCACAGAAAAGGUGUGAGGUUUGUGGAGGGUCAGGGCUUGUUCUGAGAGACAAAUACUAUUUUCGAUGCCCUGGAUGUGGUGGGUUUCUGCCAUGGCAGUCCUGGAAACGAUUCUUUUCAGCAAUUCUUACAGCAAUUAAAACACUUGAAAAGACUCAACUAAAACACUGGGCAUAUGCCUUUGUGGUCCAAUUUGAUCACAUGAGCAUGGCAGCUGCAUCCAGUGCAAUCAUCAUUUUUUAGGGGAAUGCUAGCCGUUGGUUUAAGA